AUGUUUUUACGAAUGUUUUCGCGCACGAUGAGUAGACGGCAGAAUCCAAGCGAGUUUUUGAAGCAAAUCAUCGGGAAGCCCGUAGUGGUCAAAUUAAAUUCUGGUGUGGAUUAUAGAGGAAUAUUGUCGUGUUUGGAUGGUUUCAUGAACAUAGCACUUGAACAAACUGAAGAAUAUUCUAAUGGUCAGUUAAAAAAUAAGUAUGGUGACGCAUUUAUAAGAGGAAAUAAUGUAUUUUACAUCAGUACUCAGAAACGGUAA